AGAGGACGUACAUAAAAUGUAACAGCAGCAGGAAGCCGGACUUUCAGAUCACUGCAGAGAAUGACACAGCUACACAUCAACUAUUAGAAAGACCGGCAGAAAUCUUCAGCUUUAAGAAUGCUGAUGAACCAGACAAACCAAACAGAGGAUGACCUCUUCUCCUGCUACAGCCCGUCCGUCGAAGGCUACCGCUACUUUGCUGUGCUGUGGGGAUGUGCUGUGACCGUCACUGGUACGCUGGGAAACCUGAUGACCAUUCUGGCCUUCGCCUUUGACCCACACGUGAGGACUCGCUUCAAUGUGCUCAUCGUCAACCUGGCUGUAGCGGAUCUCCUGUACUGCACCAUACUGCAGCCCAUAUCAGUUGACUCCUAUCUACACCUCAGAUGGCGCAUUGGUCAGCUCUGGUGCAGCAUCUUCGGCUUCCUCCUCUUCCUCUCCAACUCUGUCUCCAUUAUCACCCUCUGCCUACUAGCAGUGAGCCGAUACCUCCUGGUCGCAAAAAGGGCUGUGUUUGACCGUGUCUUCUCUGACCGUGGUCUUGUUUUACUCCUGAUCUCAGCGUGGGCGCUGGGCGUGGCCAGCUUUGCCCCACUCUGGCCCGUUUACGUGUUUGUGCCAAAUGUGUGCACAUGCAGCUUCCAUCGCAUCAAGGGUCGUCCCUACACCACCAUCCUGCUCUUCUUCUACUUUUUUUUCGGUCUGGGCUGUGUUGGAGUUUUCUACCUCCUCAUUUACAAACGUGUCCGGAUUGCCUCGAAAGCUCUGCUCCGCUACAGGUACAGCCGCCGCUCCUCCAGAAAGAAACCAGCUUCUUCAACACAAGGGACUGAUGAUAGUGGCGUGGAGAGUGGCGUGACAAAGACAUGUAGCUCUGAGAUCAACAGCCAGGCGGAUCUAACCCAAAAUACAGAUGAGAUCACCUGUGAAAAAUCCUCCAAAUCUGCCCCAAAUUCAUCAGCAACCGAGUCUCCCCCUGAUACUGUCCCAGCAUCGCCUUCAUCCACACCUGCUCCCACCACUGCAGCGCCCUCCUCCUCCAAGUCAGCAACUUCAGGAGAUGAUGACGAAUUCAAGCGUGUGACACGCAUGUGCUUCACUGUUUUUCUGUGCUUCGUGUUCUGCUUCGUCCCCUUCAUGUUGCUCAACAUAUUUGACAAAAAUAACCGCGCCCCACAGGUACUGCACAUGUUCUCUGCAAACCUCACCUGGCUCAACAGCUGUAUCAACCCCGUGCUCUACGCCGUGAUGAACCGACAGUUUCGACAGGCCUACCAUGUGCUGCUCACCAGGGCUGCUGCACCAUUCACCUGCCUCUGGACCUCGUGCUCAAAUCUGAGAUCCUAAACUCCUGGAGCUUAAAACUUGCUUGAUGUUUUUCAUGAUGUAAACCCAAUAUGACAUUAUUCUCGUGAAACAACAUAACAUAGACAUGCAACUUACAUCCAGCCACUAUCAACUAGGGAUGCGCUGAUCUGAUACUACCAAAAUCACUGGAUCGGAUAUUGGUAUCCGAUCCAUUUCCGUCUCAUACGCUCGUCUAUGUCGGCGUUGCCAGGUCAGUUUGCCGGGGCUGGAGCCCCGAAUGUUUUGAGUAUAACCCCGACAGAAAGCGUAAUGUGUGUGAAUGUGCAAUAGUGUUCGUUACAGAACCGACUGUCAACAUAAAUGCUGGUCUCUAAACCAACUGUGUGUGCGGGAAGAGCCCGUUGUCUUCUUCAUGAUUGUAGCUGCUGUUUAAUUUUGUUUUAGAAACUUCACGUUGAAUAACAUUACGUUACAGCAUCGCUCCAAAACAAACUAAAAUGGUAAACGACUCAUUUUUACUAGAGAUUAACAUAUAUUAACAUACAGUGAUGGAAGAAAAACUCAGAUCUCUACUUAAGUAAAAGUAGUAAUACUACAGUGUAAAAUAGUAGCUGCAAGUAAAAGUCCUGCAUUCAAAAUGUUAGGGUACUCAAGUAAAAGUACAUAAGUAUUAGCAUCAACAUAUAGUACCAAAA